GAGGCUGGCAGCUGAAGACUCUCAGUAAUUGCCCAGAUCCCUCACAUCGGAGCUGUCACCCGGAGAGGCGCUCAGGCACCAUCUGACCCCUCAGAUUUGGAUGGCCGCCAGCAGAGGAGGGGAGUGAGGAGAAGACAAUGAGCUCACGGAGGGGACAUUCAUCCUGACACUUCCCCACAAAGUGCCGGGAUCUGGAGCUGGAGAUACUUCGCUUAUCCCUUACACCACAUCGGAAUCCUGUGGAAUUAUUGUCCCCCCCACCCAAGACCCUCAGACCCCCCUCUGCUCUCAUGACGAGGAUUUAACCCCUCACGUUCUCUAUGCUAUGAGUUACUUUUCCACCUUGGAGUAUAGGAUUUGGGUGAGGAUGCCUGAGCCAGGGUUUGGACAGAGAACUCCCCUCAGCUCAAAGGUGAUUCUCUAGUGGACAGAUGAGAGCAAAAGGAUGACUAGCUGGGCUCAUCGCUAUCUCAACGGUCUCAUCUUAUUUCUCUUGGUAAUGUCUUCUAAAGGUAAAUCACCCUCUUCUGCACACUUCAGAGUUUGUGAACCGUAUACAGACCACAAAGGUCGAUAUCACUUUGGAUUCCACUGUCCGCGCCUUUCAGACAACAAGUCUUACGUCUUGUGCUGUCACCACAACAACACCGUCUUCAAGUACUGCUGUAAUGAGACAGAAUUCCAGAACGUCAUGCAGAUGAAUCUCACCUUGGGUGCUAAUGGUUAUAUGCACAACAACUACAGCGCACUCAUUGGCGUCUGGGUCUACGGAUUCUUUGUGGUCAUCCUGCUCAUUCUAGAUCUGUUAUAUUAUUCAGCAAUGAACUAUGAUAUUUGUAAAAUGUACCUUGCGAGGUGGGGGAUCCAUGCGAAAUGGAUGAGACAAGGACAGAGGCAAUGGGAUAAAGCAGCAGUACCAGAGCCUUCCCAAGUACAGACUCAGUCUCAGAUGUCACAGAUGUCUCAGAUGUCUCAGAUGUCACAUGCUGUACACACCUUAAAAGGAGAUACUGUUAGUCCAACACUGAUGUCCUUUCAGACUUCAACUGCCUGAAUAACUAUAGUGCCUAAAGAUGGAAGAAGAUUAUCACCCAGGUGGAAACCUGAGUCUGGAAUGCCAAUCACGACUGAAGGAGGAAUGGAGGAGAAUGACAUUUAUGGAAUUUUUACAAAUAAGGGGUUGGCAGAAAAGACUCUCACAGUCAUCGGGAUGUACUUUCUAUCUGUUUGUAAGCAAUAUUUUUAUCUCUAGCAUGAGAUUAUUUUUGAAAUGGACAGUCAACAAGAAGUAGACGGACUAUGUAGCUUGCCCUCGAGGUCAUACACGAAAUAGACGGGAAACGAUGGGCACCAUUUGAAAUAGCAAUGGCAGGCGGUGGCCAGUCUGCCUUAUGUGUUACUAUGUUGUCAAGUACUUAGUCUAAGUGUCAGGCUAAUAGGUAUGAGCUGGCCGCAGUUCACUACCAAAAAGAGUAUGUUGUAUGAGGCAACAUGAAACCACCCUCCUGGUGUAAAUUAUAAGGUUUCUACAGAGUACAUCCUUCUAAGACCACUUACCGUAUCCUUAUAAACUACAAUGGAGGGAGUGUCCUUUCUUAUAAUAUGUUCGUGUUCUAAAUCACUGGUCAUAUAUGAUGGUACCACAACCUGCCAUGUAGACCAUUAUUUACGGGAGGUUCUAUGUAGAUUGACGUCAUUUGUGUAUUAUGACUAUGACUUUAGAUGAACUCCAGCAGGAGCAGUUCUUUUACACUUUCGUUACUCGUGACAAUAAAUACCAUCAGGAUUGAGUA